UGGCCAGAUGGGGGCAGCAAUGCGCCGGUGAACUAGAAACGCUCAAAGAAGUUGAAGUGAGCGAAACUCAAACAAACCAGUUGGUUCUCGUAACAGGUGCUUUGAAAAUUUUUUGGUUUUGGCCAUUUAAACAGUGGAAAUCGUGUAUAAUAGAGUCGAUGUAUGUGCUGUGUCUGUCUGUAGUAAGCCUGCGUUAGCCCGGUUACCAGGCUACCAAUGAAUGCUAGCCGGGUUAUAGCUCCUAAAAACGGCAGGAACAAAGCUCCAGUCGGGCGGAUGAAGGAACACCGAGCCUUCAGAGCCAGCAGAGUGCUGGCUGAGAGGAACCAGGCGGUGGUGGCGGUGGGAGCCUGGGUGGAGGGCGGACAAGACUUCGUGGAGCACCCAGCUGCUCUUGCUUUGCUGACCGAUGAGCUACAGGCAGAGAGAAGGAGGGAGAAUGAAGAGAGCCUUCAGCGUUUUCAGGAUGAAGUGCGCCACCGUGUGGCACAGAAAGCACAUUUGUUCAAGAAGAGACAGCAGCUGCAGACAGAUCCAGUGGUGACACCUGACACGCGAGUCAUCUGGACCCAUCAUGAAGGCGAGACAGUAAGAACUGCUGCACAGCAAAGGGUGAUGGAGAGGAGACCUCAGGAGUCUGCUGAAGGCAUGAGGCAGGUCAGACUCAGACUGGCUGCCCGUCAGGUGAUGCAGCAAGAGGAAACAACGUCAGAACUUCCUGGAGGCAGCUGGAACAUCUCUCAAACCAGACAUAAAGCAGAAUCUCAUGCUCUGAGAGCAGAGGAGGAUGCUCUAGGAGAGGAAGAUGAUAUUGUCUUCACCAGUCGACAUGAAUGUCCACUUGUUCAACAGAAGGGAAGUGAACGUCCACUGUGGAGUCCUGAACCAUCACAACCUGAUUCGGGAUUCACAUCCAGCCUCAGAAUCUGGCCUCUGACUGACCAAGAAGAACUGAAAAGACAGCGUCAGUCUCAGUUCCUGAUGCACCGCCGCCUGGCCAUGAACAUUGAGAGAGAGCAAGUGAAGGAGAACAAGCAGCACAGGAAGCACCUGAAAAGGACGGCAAGAAUCAAAGCGGAGAAAGAACAGAUCCGUCUGGAGGAGGAGAGGAAGCUGGAGAGAUUUCGGCAGCUCGCAGAUGCCAGGCAGAAGCUGGAGGAGAGGGAGCUGCUGAUUCUGGAGCGACUAAAGCUUGAGGAGGAGGAGAGAGCUGUGGAGCAACAGAGGAGGAAAAGAGAGGAGAAAGGCAAAGUAGCUGCUAGGUUCAUUGAAGCUUUGAGAGCUCAAGUGAAGGAGCGAAUGUCUCAGGCGAAACUGGAGCUCCCUCCUCUCUGCUGCUGUGCGUCCUCGUUCUGGGACUCCCACCCCGACACCUGCGCUAACAACUGUGUUUUCUACAAUAAUCCCAAAGCGUAUGGCCAGGCCCUACAUUCAGCGUUGGUGAGUUUGGAUUUGCAGUAAAAGGAAGCUGAUGUCUGCGUAAAGGGCCGGUCUCAGAUUUUGGAAAAUCUUGUGUACGUUUUCUAGCCUACAUUCAAAUCACUGCUCUCACUCAGCACAGAGGAGUCCAGGACAUGUUGAGCCUCCACAAUAAAAGAGAUUUAUAUGUUUGAGUUUAUUGUUGUCUUCCAGAGGUAAAAUCAUACAUUUCACGUAGCUCUACAAGCGGAUCCAGAA